CCCUCUGCUGGUAAGCUGUUGAACUACAUGAUAGAUGACGGAGGCCAUGUGUUUGCUGGGGAUGUGUACACUGAGAUAGAAGUCAUGAAGAUGGUCAUGGAACUCAGGGUCACAGAAAAUGGAUGUGUUCAUUACGUUAAGAGGCCGGGAGCAGUGUUGGAGGGGGGCAGUAUCGUGGCCCACCUUGACCUGGAUGACCCCAGUCGUGUCCAGCAGGCCCAGAGCUUCAAAGGGACACUCCCCCAGCCACAGGCCCCGCCCACUCAUGGGGAAAAGCUCCACCAGAUCUUCCAGAGUACGCGGGCUGAGCUAGAGAACAUCCUGGCGGGGUACACGCUGCCUGAUCCUUACUUCAAACCUAAACUACAGACCUCCAUAGAGAGACUGAUGAAGUGUCUAAGAGAUCCGUCACUGCCCCUACUGGAACUCCAGGAUCUUGUUGCCAUGAUUUCUGGGAGAAUUCCCCCACAGGUGGAGAAAGCCAUCAAAAAACAGCUUCAGUCAUACUCCAGUAAUAUCACCUCUGUACUCAGUCAGUUCCCCAGUCAACAGGUAAAAAUCAGUAACAGCUUCAGUCAUACUCCAGUAAUAUCACCUCUGUACUCAGUCAGUUCCCCAGUCAACAGGUAAAAAUCAGUAACAGCUUCAGUCAUACUCCAGUAAUAUCACCUCUGUACUCAGUCAGUUCCCCAGUCAACAGGUAAAAAUCAGUAACAGCUUCAGUCAUACUCCAGUAAUAUCACCUCUGUACUCAGUCAGUUCCCCAGUCAACAGGUAAAAAUCAGUAACAGCUUCAGUCAUACUCCAGUAAUAUCACCUCUGUACUCAGUCAGUUCCCCAGUCAACAGGUAAAAAAUCAGAGACAGCUUCAGUCA